UCGAUAUAUAUAAAACAUGUUUUAUGACCUGCAGGAAGAAUCACGGUUCAAAAGGUUAACAACACAAUGAAUUGGAACCUCUUGCGUCCCGAGUAUGCAACAUGGCAACCCGAAUGGACUGAGGAAGAAAUCCGAUCAACAUUCUUCAAAUGCACAAAAUGGCAGGUGGAAGAAACGUUGGAUCCAAUCAACUGCCCUUACCACUACUACUGUACCAGUUCUUAUGCCGGAAACUAUUCGCUGGCUGUGGAUUUUCUGCUUCUGUUCUUUGCAGCAGCUUCAUACUUGGCAACCCUAGUCUUUAUGGUAAUGCACGUAUCAGGAAAGGGCCAAAAAAGUAUUCAGUCAAAAAGAUAUUUGCUCCCGUCCGGUCCGGUUGCCCUUCCAGUGAUCAUCUUGGCCCUAGCCUACGGCCACCGGAUCAACUCCGCCUUUCCUGUCUCAUGCACCGGCCCGGCAAUCCUCAUUCUCGUUCUGAUAUCUGCGCUGACCUUCGACAAUGGAGCCCAGUCAGACUUCAAGUACGUGUUUUUUGAGACAUCAACAAUCUCCGGAAUUUUGCAUGCCAGCAUGUACUUGGAUUCAGUCAUCUUACCCUACUAUACUGGUCUUGACGCUCUAGUGUCAUCAACUUUUUCAGGCGAGUGUUCAUCAUGUGUGUGUCGUAAAGAGGUUUUGAUUGUCGGAGGAACGUUGAUAUCCUACCGGGGAUGGUCGCUGACCACUUUUUCGGUCGUGGGAACCCUAUGUUCGAGGAUUAUAUGCCGGGUUGCAGGAGCGAAAACCGGAAGGUCCAUAUGGAUUAGUUCAAUACUCGAGAGUUCUAGCUGGAUCUUGAUAAUCGUAGAUUGUGUUUAUCUAACCGCAAACUCCCCGCCGGAGCGAUUGGAGUUGCGAGUUGCUGCUUUCGGAGGCAUCCUUGUUUUGAUUUGCCUUUAUGUAAUUAGACAAGCAUGCAUUCAUAUCACACAGCUACAUUCUGUGUAUAAAAGCAGGACAGCAGUUGUUUGCAACGCAAGCAAAGUAGAAAUGCGAAAAUGAUGGGAUGUAAACACAUAUUUUCAGGAAACAUGCACAAAGCAUGAUAAUCUUUUUUCCAAAAUUCAA